AUUCAAUUGAGCGUGAAACAUUGAACCUGAGAUACAUGGAAAUGAAUUGAAGAAAUUGAAGUGAUUGCACGAGGUAAGAGAAGAGGAUAGAACUUGCCAUCUCAAGAGAUGUGGACGGCUUGCUGUUCCUGAGUGAAUCGUGACAUCAUUGGUCCUUUCCCCAUUCAAGCUCCCACCCCUCCUCCUCCUCCCCGCAAUCGAGGAAUCAACGCUUUUAAUUCCGUCACCUUCUAUAAUCACAUUAUCGACAAUUUUCUUUCUCGCCCGCUACGGAACUAGCCCUGCGCGCCUCUAGCAAUCGUCAUUCUAAUUCAUCCAUCAUGACGACCAUGCCCGCAUCUCACGGCCACAACGAGGCCUGCUGCAACAUACCACCUGUUGUAUCUAAGGGUUAUGAGGCAAAGGGAACUUACAAGGAGAUCGGAGGCUAUAAGACUUAUGUUACUGGCCCCGUUGACGCUAAGAAGGCCAUUGUCGUGAUCUACGACAUCUUCGGAUACUUUGAUCAGACUCUUCAGGGAGCUGAUAUCCUCGCCUUCAGUGAUGCUCAUCAGAAGUACAAGGUCUUCAUCCCUGACUGGUUCAAGGGCAGCCCCUGCCCCAUUGAGAUCUACCCUCCAGACAAUGAUGACAAGAAGAAGCAGCUUGGAGACUUCUUUGGGACAUACCCUCCCCCCAAGGUUGCCGGCCAAGUUCCCGACUACGUAAAGGCUGUCAAGGACCAGGACUCUUCCAUUGAGAAAUUCGGAAUCAUCGGAUACUGCUGGGGCGGCAAGGUCGUUGCUCUCAGCGUCAAAGCGGACUCUAACCCCUUCUCCAUCGCGGCCCAGAUCCACCCCGCCAUGGUUGACGCCUCUGAUGCUGAGGGCCUCUCGGUUCCUACCAUGCUUCUUGCAUCCAAGGAGGAGCCUGAUGAGGAGGUCAAGAAGUUUGAGGACAACCUCAAAGUGGCUAAGCACGUAGAGACCUUCAAGGACCAGAUCCACGGCUGGAUGGCUGCUCGUGCCGAUCUCAGUGACAGCCGUGUCAAGGAGGAGUAUGAGAGGGGCUACAAGACAGUCCUUGAGUUCUUCGGUAAGAACUUCUAAAGUUGGAAAUGUGAUGUCUUUUAUCGAGAGACGCGAUGUAUCUAUACUAUGAGAAAUGACCAAAGGAAAUAAGAAACACUGAU